AUGCCUACCCGUCCACAUGUGAGGACCGGUUGCCGGACCUGCAAAGCUCGCAAAGUAAAGUGCGAUGAAGGCAAGCCGUCAUGUCGACGAUGCACCUCUACAGGACGUGUAUGCGAUGGCUAUGAGUCCGCGACAACUCUGACAUGGUAUCGGCCUAAUCAACUAUCGGCGCGGGACCAGAGAGAAGGGAGAGCCUUUCAGUUCUUCACCAAAAUGGCCGGUCCAGUCAUGUCAGGCUCCACAGACUCAUAUUUCUGGACGCAUCUAGUCAUGCAGUUCAGCCACUUUGAGCCCACGGUGCGCCAUGCCGUACUGGCCAUCAGCUCGCUUUACGAAGAGUUUGCUCGAGGCUCCAGGAUUACUCGUCAAAUAUGCGGUAGCACCUUUGCUAUUGGGCAUUAUAACGCCGCUAUUCAACAGAUUAAAUCAUCUGGUGAUGAGUUGUUGAUCUUGUUGCUUUGCAUACUCUUCGUCUGCAUAGAGUAUCUCCAGGGAGAUAUCUAUGCCGCUCUCGAGCAUUGUCGGCACGGCAUUGUGAUUCUCAACAAUUCGAAUUGCCCUGGAUGGGCACAUCAAUACCUUGUCCCCAUAUUUCGCCGGCUGAGUAUCAUACCAUUCUUUCUCGGCGGUGUCAAAUCCAUGCGUCUCCCAAGUCUCAUUGGGUUUGAUCCAGCAAUGCCGGCAGAAUUCAGUGGUAUUGCUGAAGCGCAAUCGUUUAUCGAUAACCUCAUGCUUCGAUCCAUGGAGUGUGUCCUCGACGGAGUGGACGACAACAAAUCUGCCCUUGUAACACUACUGAAUCAGUGGGAAGCGAAAGCCAAGAACCUGGUGCUGACUAUACCAGCCUCCUCCGUCACAGACAGAUAUGCUUUGUACGGCAUGCGUCUCAAGCACAAGGUCACAAGUAUAUAUCUCGAGAAACCACGCGAUGCCACAGAAACGUGGUACGAUCAACACCUCGACACCUUCCGAGAUGUCGUGGAAAUGGCAGGAAAAGCAUCAGAGACGUGGGAAACCGCGAAACAAGAGCAAGUCCCGGACUCGAGCUUUACUUUUGAGAUGGGUUUUUUGCCUCUCAUGUUCUUCGUCGUCAUCAAGUGUCGGAGUCUUGGAACCCGCAUUGAAGCCUUGGCGUGUCUAGCACAGCUUGGUCCAGCCAAGGAAGGCUUGUUUGACGUUGGCACUCUGUACAGAGUUGGCAGACGCCUUAUCGAACUCGAACAUGGCAUCUCCUUAGAUGAUUGCGCCAUUGGCUACAAAGACAACAAACAUUCAAAUGACAUAUUGCCGCCAGAAGAAGCACGGUUCUUUGCCAUUCCCGUUAAGCACGAGUUGGAAGUCAUCACCGGUCAGGACGGCAGCAUUCACUACAAGAGGCAGGUUCACUUCCUGCAACGAGAUCACCAGGGACGAGUAGUUGCGAGAGAAGAGUACAUAUCAGAUGAUAAACCCAGGGGAUGCAACAUAUACAUCCCUCCAAUGCGAAGCGCACAACGUAUGUAG